UUAGCUUCACGAAGCGCACGGAGGCGUUUGCCUUGCUCGGAAAGGGAAUUUCAUUCGUUUCGUACCUUUAGAGAAAAACUGUAACACCAACAUUUGUAGUGAAGUUACUUCCUCACUGUUAAAUCUCACAACUAUCAAAAAGCUAAAUCAGAUACUAAUAAUGCAGUGAAAAAAGUAAGGUGGAACGCGGAUAGGACGCGCGCUCCAUGGCGAACCAUCGUUCUGAAGGACUCUUUCGGUAAAAACGGACCCAAGCAUCAUCCCCCGGAAAAAUUCACUGGAAAACGGCACACACAUCGGACUCGUAAAGCCAAGCUGGAAUGAAUACACAUAUACGGGGUUAAGAAAAGCAUCACAAGGAAGCAAAACUCCACAAAAGCUUCUUCCCCAUUUUUCGCAAAGCUGUGAUAGAAUUAAAACAUAGGAAAUACGCUGGAGUGGGAAGCAAGCGACGCUCUUUUUCUGGCAGCGUUUCAAGUGCAUCCCGAAUUUCGAGCCAAUGAAAUAAGUAGCAGGGCUUCCUUUUUCUUUAACAAAAGGCGAAAAUUCAGCUCCCCCAUAAGGAUGAUGAAAUAGAAGCAUCAUUUUGUUUAUUGGCUGUUAAAGCGCACAGCUUCUCCGUGGUACGGCCAUUUGUGUGGGAGUGUAUAUUAUAGCUGCGAACGCGCAUCGUACAAAAACAAGCAACGAAACGGUAUGGUGUGUGUUUGUGUGCACACAAAGAUGCUUGGUUGCGAGUUAGCAUAACGGAUUUCAUAGCAUCCGAGCUUCAAGCAUAUAGUUUAGCAUAAGGGACGGAAAAACAACAACGGAAAGGAAAGAUAACAACAUAAACACACAAGCAAACAAUUACGAAAAGGAUUGAGUGCGUCGUGCGUCUUUGGGUCGUCAUUGCUGUGGAAUCAUAUUCUUGAAUCGAAGGAACCAUUGCCAUAAACAUAGCUCGCACACACAACAACGCCACAGCUGGUUCGCGACACAGCACACAAAGCAAGCCAAGAGCGCCCAGCCGCACACCAACACCAAGCGCGAUUUGCGUCGUCCAGUGCGAGAGCGCGACAGAGCUAGUGCGAUUGCGCUGCGAGCGAAAAAGCGAGAGCGAAUGGUUCGCAUCAAAUAAACAGUAGCAACACAGCCGCUCGGUCGAUUCUGUUGUGAGCCCCUGCGAUUCGAACAGCCAAACAAAAGGCACGACAAACGGCCGAACGCGUACGCAACGAACGGACAUAGCGCGAGACCUAGAGCGGGUAGCGCAGCAGUAGCAAUCAGCAACAGUAACAACAGCAGGCUUCUCUGCGAAAAGUGACAACCUGCUCGACACGGAAAGAAGAUGGUCCCAUCGCUAAGGUGAAAGCUGCCUGUACGGACCAAACAACAAACAUCAUCUGUGAUAUAUGCGCGCGCUCCUCGUUCGCCCGUGUGUAGUGCAUUCCCGCAGCCACCUCGUACGAGGCAAAGCAAUAGGAGAGGAAAGAAAAGUAGCUGCACAGUCCCACAACACAACACAACAAAAGUCAGCCUUUUGGAAGGAUAAACUAGUGUGUAACUUAUUUGCCAGUUUAGUGUAGUUUCGCAAGAUAAAUGUUUGUGAUUUUAAAUUAUUUUAACUCUCGCGUUUACGUGCGUGCAUGAUCUUAUACGUAAGCCCGUUCGAAACAACGAGCAAAAACCACGGCAAAGCAAACAACAUCUGUGCCCUGAGGAGUGUUAGUACUACAUUUUAAGUAACAUUACCCAUCAAAACGACCCCAAAGAUAACUAAGACAGACUCGGUAGAGAAAGCAUCCUCAUCACACAACUUCAUGAAACAAAUUAGAACGCUUGGAAGGAAAUUUUCGAACCCCCCCAACUGACGCAACUUUUUCAACGACAAUUUCUAAAUACGAAAAUUGAAAAUCAUUAAGUGGAGAGACAGCAGCAGCACAAAACAUACUCGCAACUCGCACGCACACAGCAAGCGAAUGUGUGGAGAUUCAAUCAGCGUACCUGUGUGUGCGUAAAAGUGGAGACCUAAUCUACACUGUGGAGAGCCGUAACCGUAAGCGAGCUCAACACACCAACACACACACACUGACACAGCCGAACUCUACACAACCAGCGCAGCCGACGAAUGUGCUAGAUUCGCAGCUCAAACACGACCAACUCUCCACACGGGCCGUCAUUGUAGAAUCUAAUACCGAAUUGAAUAGUUCUUUAUUGCUGGACACUGGGGUGACGCAAAAGUGAGAGCCACAAUCACGGAAGCAUCCGGGUACUAGGCCAGCCCUCAGUAUGUCUGUCCCUGUGAGCUGCUACUCUGUCGAUAGCAUGAACAACAUCGACCAGCAGCCCAUCGGCAUCGGCGGCCACGGUCUACACACGUCCACCUCCUCCCUCAUGAUGAUGAUGGAGGAUGACGAUGACCACCGGCCAAUGAUGAGGAUGAGCCCACCGACAACCGUUCAUGCGCACGACCAGACGAUGCAUCACGAUCAGCGGAUGUUGUCAGAGGAGGGCCGGCUUGGGACACCGGAUGCUGCUGAUGGAGUUCUGUUGGCGUCGCACGACUGUCGCCGCGGUGGCACCACUGCUACCGGCAGCGGCUCCAUGCACUCAUCGGGCCCGGGCAGCGAAAGCACCAGCUAUCACUACCCGCCGCAUCAUCACCAUCACCACCAUCACCACCGAAACCACCCGAUGAUGAUGGAUACCGCCGCGGACGGCACGGCAUGCGCCAAUCAUGACGAUGGCCGGGACUUAGUCGGAGCUGCCGGGGCAGCGGCAGCGGCUAAGUGCACCUCACCACAUAAGCACACCACCAACACUGCAUCAUCAUCUUCAUCAUCAUCGACACCAUCAGCAACAUGUAACAGCACCACCGGAGCAGCAGCAGCAACGCCAGCAACACCAGCAAUGCCAACGCAAACAUUCGAGGAGAUGAUGGCUAAGCUGAGCGAACUGCUCGCCCUGGAACCGAAGUACCAACCGAACCUUUACCUGCCGCAACAAUCAGUCAAUGGCGAAAUCACGAUCGGCACCCGCGAUGGAGCUGCCCAUGUGCUGCGCUGCCUGAAGGUUUGGUACGAGCUGCCGAACGAUGUCCUGUUCGCUGCCAUUAACUUGGUUGAUCGCUUCCUGACCAAGAUGAAGGUCCGCCCGAAGCAUAUGGCGUGCAUUUCGGUCAGCUCCUUCCAUUUGGCGGUGCAGCAGCUUAGCAUGCCGAUCAUCGAUACCGAGGAUCUGAUUGCUAUUUCGCAGUGCCGUUGCACGUCUCGCGAUCUGGUGCGUAUGGCAGACAUUGUCGCCAACAAGCUGGGCGUUCAGAUGAACCUGGCACCAGUGACGGCGCUUUCGUUCAUCCGGCUGUUUUACUACAUCUUCGAGAAGGCUGCGAAUGCUCUUGGCCUGUCGGAAAUAUUCAAAUCGGCCAUCUCUCUGGCCGAUCUGGAGAUGCGCCUGGAAAUCCUUGCGUGCGACGCUAGCUGCGCAAGCAUUCGCCCGUCCGAGUUGGCGCUCGUGAUGAUCUUCACCCAGAUGGAUGUGUACGUUAGUGCGAACAAGGACAAUGGUCUGGUACAUCAGCAGAUUCACGAUCUCGUUGACUACGCCAUCCAGCUGCAGAAAUUCUGUCGAAUCCCGGACAGCAGCUUCCUUUACAGUCACAGCAUUGUGACGAAGAUUCUAUCGCUUUACAACGGUCAGCAUAAGAUCCCGUACAAGCAGCGGCUAGUAUGGAAGCUUUCAUCCCGUACUAUGCGUGUGCUGCGCCCCACUGACAAGUUGACCUCCUAUUUGCCAACGAUUGCCGAACACCAUCAUACCCACGGUCACAUGAGCAACAACAAUCUUAGAUUCAGAACUGGCAGCGUAAGCUCCGAAGACGAUGGAGAAGAUUGGCCAACAUCGCCGAUCGUAGCAGUUUGUGAACAGUUCGUUGACGAGUAAAGUGGUCAUUUCGAACGAUCGAUUGCGUCAUCAUUACGCGCGCACACACACACACACUCUCUUUUCUCCUACAUUAGUGGUUUAAUAUCGGAUCGAGUCGUACAUUGUGUGAAUGAACUGGUCUUUCAGUACAAGCAUCUUUCCGCUUAAAAUCGAGCGAUUACGACGUGAAGUGCGACAGAGAAACCAGAGUUACGACAUGAAAGUAGAAUUUUGCGACACCACUCUGCGGCUGAUACGGUGUUGUCAUCCGGUGUUACCGAACAAUGCAGAUUUGCUUGACACGCUGUGAAGAAAUUUUGAAGUAUCCAAUAAUCCUGACCAUCUUUCUGAAACCUGACCUACCAUCGGACAAGGUGGACAAUUGUGCGUUACGUGGAAAAACAAAACGAAUGGUUGGGUGAAGGGGAACAAUAAAGGAUAUGUUGCUACCUUUGGUAGUAGCAUCUCCGUAUGUGUGAUAACAUCCUCAGCAGCUGCAAACAGAAAACAGAAGAGAAACCAAGAAGUGAUACAUUUGCUUUACGUACGUUGACCAAGGCAUCGUGGCAAUACAUGAGCACAUACCCAAAGAAACGAUUCCAGCAUCAGAGCGCGCUCCUGGAGGAGAGACAGAGAGAGAAAGAGAGAUAAAUUCGUUGCUUUCGGUAAGAUGAACUUGUGUGACGCGGUUCAGAACAGAAUCAACAUUGAACAUCGUGGAAAGGAAACAGCGAACAGGACGGACUCAUCCAACAUCAACGACAGAGAAAAGCUGCAGCAAGCAUCAUCGGAAACUGCUUCGGUUGGUAAUGUUAAUUUUAUUUUGUUUUCCUCCCUUUUUUUGUUGUAAGAGAAUGCAUAUUUCUAUAACACUUAUUUCAUAAUAGUGUAGAACGAAAAAGAGCAGUCAGAAAACAAAAGAAAAAAAGAAGAAUCAAUUUAAUUCGUUGGAUAAGAUCUAUGAAUCGUGUAAGCAUGGGAGAAAGAGAGGAGUUUGUCGUGUUGGGAUAAAAUUGGUUACAUUGACAUAACGCCCAGCUUCUAGGCGGUUGCAGAACAUCUUUGGAAAUCGUAUGAAAAGGAACAAACUUUAUUUGAAAUGAAACAAGAACACAAGCAUGAACGGAAGAAAAAAAAUCUAAAGCAAACAAAAAAAAACAAUAAAAAUCUCUGAAAACUUACGCAAAAGUAUAUGCAAGCAUAAAAAGAAAGAUAAAAGGAAAAUCAAAAAAAGUAC